CGUUGUGGGCGGGGCCGGCGCGGCCGGUGUGGCUCGCGCUGCGGCAGCGGCGGCUCCGAGCGGGGCCCGGCCCGGCCCGGCCGCUUCUCCCCGGCCCCGCCCGGCCCGGCCCGGCCCGGCCCGGCCCGGCCAUGGCGCUGCUGCGGGCGGCCGCGCUGCCCGCCGAGGGCUGCCCGGCCUGGCUGCCCACGCACGUCCAGGUGACGGUGGUGCGGGCCCGCGGGCUGCGCUGCAAGGGCGGCGGCGGCGGCAAAGGCAAAGCGGGCGGCAGCGACGCGUACACCGUGAUCCAGCUGGGCCGCGAGAAGUACAGCACCUCGGUGGCCGAGAAGAGCGGCGGCAGCCCCGAGUGGAGGGAGGAAUGUGCCUUCGAGCUGCCCCCCGAGCCCGGGGCCUGCCCCGGGCUGGUGCUCACGGUGAUGCACCGGGCGCUGGUGGGCAUGGACCGGUUCCUGGGCCAGGCCCUGGUGCCCCUGGAGCCCGCCCGGCAGCGCGGCCGCGAGCCCGACGAGCGGUGGCACAAGCUGCACUCCAAGGCUGGGAAGAAGGAGAAGGAGCGUGGUGAGAUCCUGGUGAGCAUCCAGUUCACGCGGAACAGCCUCACUGCCAGCAUGUUCGACCUGUCCAUGAAGGACAAGCCGCGCUCGCCCUUCGGCAAGCUGAAGGACAAGGUGACGGGCAAGAAGAAGUACGACCUGGAGUCGGCCUCUGCCAUCAUCCCCAGCAGCGUGGGAGCCCUGGACAUGGAGGACGACUUCGAGCUCGGCGGCAAGAAGUCCAAAGUCAAGGGCUUCUUCCUGAAGAACAAACUGCGCAAGUCAUCCCUGACGCAGUCCAGCACGUCCCUGGGCUCCGACAGCACCAUCUCCUCUGCCAGCCUGAGCCUGGCGGGCAGCGCCGCCGAGGUGCCCAAAUCCCCGAGCAGACAGGGCAGCCUGUCCACCGAGCGCUCCGUGAGAGACCUGCUGUCCUCGCCGAAGCCGAGCCACAAGCGGGCGUUGAGCGACGAUGCGGGCGCGGCGCCGCGGGGCCCGCAGAGCCCACGGGGCCCGCAGAGCCCGCGGGCCGGGCCCGAGCCCGCGCCGCGCUCGUCGCUCUGCAUCAACGGCAGCCACGUGUACGGCCAGGAGCCCCGGCGGCACGACGAGGGCCCCGCCUUCGCCCCCCUGCACCCCGAGCCCCACGAGGCGCCCUGGGCGCUGGAGAGGGCCCCGCACAGGGACGAGCCCAGGUUCAUCCCGUCCCCGCCCAGCCUGGCGCUGCAGGAGGAGCUCAAGGUGUCCACCAAGGCCGUGACCCUCAGCAACCACCUGGGCAGGGCCCGCAUGGAGGAGAGCGCUCGCCUGGAGGGCAGGGCCGCCCCGGCCGCCGAGCCGGGCAGGGACGGAGCGCCCGAGGACGGCGGCAAGGACGACAAGAAAGCCAAGGGAGGCUUCUUCCACCACGGGGGCAAAGGCCAGGGGGACAGAGGGACCCCCGCCCACGCCGCGGCUGCGGGGGAUGAGAGGAGUAAGAGCAGCGGCUGGUUUGGGUCCAAGGAGCCCAAAGAGUCCCCUCAGAAACCCAGUUUCCCGCCUGGGCCGCGUGCCGCACCAGAGGUCGCUGGGAGCUUUUAUUCCUCUGAGGAUUGCAGUCCCUCUGCCUCCCCAAGGCAGGCAGACCCCGAGAGGGAGGCUCCAGCCCAAAGCCUUGGUGUCCCCGUGCCAGAAACCACUCCCCCAGCACCGGGAGAGCUCCCUCCUGCCGACACCGACCCCGCCGUGCCCCCGCUGCCCUCCGAGUGGGACGACACCUUCGAUGCCUUUGCCACCAGCAGGCUCAAACCCGAGCGAAAGACAGAGAACUUCUUUGCCUCGGUGGCAGCAGAGGGCAUGGCUUUCAUUGACGACCUCGACAGAGCCAGCCCGACCGAGAGCUCAGCGCAGCCGCCCUGCCAGAAGGGCUCCAAAGCGUUUGAAAAGGCCGAGUCACCCAUGGGCGCCGAAAUCCCUGCAGCUCUCCGCUCCUGGACAAACUUCUCCAGUUUAGACGUGGGGGCCAACCUGGUGAGCACCACCCAGGAGGCCACGGUGAUCGAGGACGUGCUGAGCCCUGUGUCCGCGGGCUCCAUGGCGGGGAGGAGGAAAAGCAGCACGCCCAUGCUCUGGACAGCCGCGCUCGCCUCGGGCAGCCCCGGGGACAAAGAGGCGUCAACAGCAGCGAGCACUGAAAAUAGCGCUAGGGAGGAAGGGGACAGCGGCGAGGAGGAGUCCGGUGGCACAGGGACAAACGGCUGGAUGACCAUAGCCACGGAAAGUGCCGCUGACCCCUCCGAGAGCGCCCCGAGCGCGGCCGAGGAGCGCGAGGGCGCCUUCGGCCCGCGGCCGCCCUUCCUGGCCGAGGGCACCUUUGAAGCCCAGGGCUCGUCCCGUGCGUUGCCCAGGAGCUCCCUGCCCCCCGAGCUGGCCCCCGAGGCCCUGCCCGGCAGCCCCGUGGCGGCCGUGCCCCCGCGGGUGCUCGGGGACGUGGCACAGCGAAGGUUCCCCGAGGCGGGCGCGGAGCCGGGGGUUGGCCAGGAGGGCGCCGUGGACAUCCGCAGCUCGGUGUUCCGGCUGCAGGCCAGCAUGCGGCUGCAGGCCAGCGACGGCCUCCUGCAGCUGGGCUGCGACGCCCACGAGAGGCGCGCGGUGCUGGCCCCGUGGGCAGCGCCCCAGGAGCCGGCGCCCGGCCCGCCCGUGCCGCCCCCCAAACCUCCCCGGUGGUUUGCGGCCGCAGGAGCCGUGGGGGACAGCGAGGAGGAGGAGCCUGGUGGCAGCCAGCGAGGCAAACAGGAGCAGUGGGAGGACUCAGAGGGCCCGAGAGCAGAGAUGGAAUUGCCCAGGAGCCGUGGGAGCAGCGAGCCCUCGGUGCCAGCGCCUCCCAGCCUGCCCACACCGGGAGCGGACGCCACUGAAGCCGGGAGCGAGUUCCCAGCGCCUGAAGAUGCCAGAGCUGCUGUCGUGGACUCAGCAGCUGGCCUGGAGACAGGGGACACCUCUGUGGGGGAACAGCCAUCAGAGAUGAACCAGACAGAUGUGCCUGAGCAGUUUGAGACUUGCACAUCCAAGCUCUCCCUGGAUGGACUGGAGCAGUCUGGUGCGGAGGAGAGCUGGAGGCAGCCCCGUUUAUCCCCUCAGACGCAGGGGCCCACAGACAGUGCCAAGUGGGAAAUGGCCUCCAAACAGGAGCUGUUCCCCGAGGAGCUCAGUAUUUCAGGACUAAACCCUCCUUCCAAGCUAGACCUGGGCCAGCCAGCCAGCUGGACGGCUCUGGAAGAGCAGGAGGCAGCUGGGCACCCACAGCCCCAAAGGUCAGAACGUGGGGAGAGCCCGUCCCAGCUGGAGUUGGUGUUUGAGGAUGGUGAGGGGCCGGCAGGAGAGCAGCACGAGCCCCGUGCCCCUCCCGAGGAGACAGAGCAGGGCAGGGAUCCCCCCAGCGAGGAGCCCCAGGGGCGCUCGGCAGAGAGCAGGAUAGACUGCAAGAAAGCCGAUUUCUGGAGGCCAGAUAGGGCACAGGAGAGGCACGCACAGGGAGCUUCAGCCCUGAGGAAUCCCUUUACCCUGGCGCUGAGCCCCAACUCCCCGAGCAACCCCUUCGUGGAGAAGCCCCCGGCCCCUCUCCCUGUCCAGGCUGUGCUGCCUGAAAAGCUUGAGCAGGGCAACUUCAGCUUCCUCAGCCUGCAGGAGGAAGCCCCCGGGCACGGCUUGCCGCCCACUAACGCUACCCCCCUGCAUGCCAGCCAGCCCCUGGCCUUCUCCACCCCUUUCCUGGCGGCUGCCACUAACCCCGAGCCGUGUGGCCCCCGCCGGGCCCCCGCGGGGGUCCCCGCCCGCCGCGCCGCCGCCCGGCCGCGCCCGCAGCCCGGGGACGCACGGCCUGCAGCGCCCCCGCUUCUGCCCAGGGAGACACGGCCGGCUGAGGAGCCCCUCGGCCUGCACACGACCAGCCCCCACCCCGUGAGGCCCCUGAGUGCUGUGCAGGAGGGCUCCAGCGAGAGGAAGCAGCAGCACAGGGCCAGCCUGAGCUCGGCGCUGAGCAAUGGCCUGGAGAGGCUGAAGAUGGUGACCACGAGCAGCGUCCAGCCCGUGGCCCCGGCCUCCCACCCGGACAAAUCCGAGCCCACGGGAAAGGAGCCUGCCCAGCCGGACCAGUCAGCCAAGUAUUACCACCUGACCCACGACGAGCUGAUCCAGCUGCUGCUGCAGAAGGAGGGCGAGCUGAGCAAGAAGGAGGAGCACAUCCAGGAGCUGGAGAACUACAUCGACCAGCUGCUGGUGCGCAUCAUGGAGCAGUCCCCCACGCUGCUGCAGAUCCCCCUGGGCGGGGGCCAGGCCCCCUGAGCCCGCCCGGGGCAGCAGCCCCGCAGAGCCCCACGCUGCCCCGCACCCCUCCUCGCACCCGAGGGCUCCGGCUGCUCUCCCCACUCCCACAGGAAGGGUCCUCUGCUCCUUCCCGGCCCACGCUUGCCCCAGCCGGCUCCAGGGAGCUGUAGGGUGGUGGCUGCCAGCACCCUACGGGGAGGAGCAGAGCCCUCCCCAUCGGGCGGGCGCCUCCGCAGCUUCCCGGCGCUGUCACCAAGUGCCACCUCCCGGGCACUCCUCCUGCCACAGCUUUAAGUGACCCAUGGACAUCUGAGAGCUGGAAACCAUCUCCCCGUGACUUCAUCCUGCUGCUGCUCCUCUGCCCACACUCCUCCUCCCUGUCCCCUGAGGUGGUGUCCCCUGGGUGGUGUUGGGGACGCUCAGACCCAGUUCCUGACCAGAGCCCGUGGGACUCCUCCUCCCCUCCUGCCCCAGUCCCCCCAGGGAAGGGUGAAGAGCCAUCUCCAGUUCGUGCCACUCCCUGAGCACAGGGGGAUGCUCCACAAAGGGACAGUGCCACAGUCUGAGGGCUGGGGAGGUGCCAGAGCCUGGCUGGGCCACGCUGGCCCUGUCACAGCGCCAGUGCCAGGGUGACACUGCCUGGUCCCUCACGGCUGGACUGGGAAUAAGGCAAAGGGAACGUGGGAUGGUGCCCCAGGAGUGCUGCAGGAGAUCCUCUGCAUGCCCCACCCAGCAUGGGGCUGUGUGCCCUGCAGGCACUGAGGAGUGCAGAACCCCCACAGUUUCCACUCAGUAUUCCCAGGAAUGCUCUGCCUCUGCCUCGCCUGUCCCAGCGCAGCAGGAAACACCCCUGGAGCAAGGCCUGGGGCUCUGAGCCCUCUGCAGGGCCCCAGUGGGGUCAGGCACCCCAAGCUCUGCUGGCACAGCCCACAGUUCCCAAAUCCCUAGUGCCCAGCCUGCUCCCCUGCGCACAGGCACCGCUGGGAUCAGCUCUCCUCUGCCCCUCUGAGCCCUGAGCGGCCACCAAGGGGCUCUGAUUUACCUGCCUGAACGGCUGGUUUGGAGCUACUGCAGAAGGGAGAGCAAGGACGGUGUUCCCUCCCUCAUCCUGCCGGGAUUUUGGCUGGAGAAGGCUCCCGUGCAGGCAGAGGGGCAGUUGGAGUGGCAUUUCAACAUGAAAGGCUUCUUCUCCCUCUUCUCUGUCUCCCAAAGUUACUGGGCUCUUUUAAAACCUCCCUGCUCUUCUCUUUGUUUGCUUCAAUAUAGACUUUGGAGAAUGGUGCCUUUUGCCAUAGGCCAGUAGCAGUUUCCUACCCCAAAAAGGCUCUGCAAUCCCAUUCUCAGUCCCACACAACCUGCCUGGGGCGGGUCCCUCCUGUUUUCCUUGUCAGCCAAGAAAAGGGAGUUAAUUGUUGCCCACGGACAGCAGAGCCUCCCCCGAGCUGUGCAGGAGCCCUGGGUCCUGCCAGGAGUUCUGCACAGCAGCUCAGGAGAGGUGGAGGCAGAGAUCAGGAGCUGGCAGGGCAGGCUGAGUAUUCCAAGAUGAACUGGAGACAGACAGUGUUGGGCCAGGGAAAGGGAGCUCUGGAGAGCUGCAUGAGAAGGAGAGGAGGGUUUGUUUCCUGGGAGAACACCAGCCAUGAACCUCCCACUCCUUCCUGCCUGUCCCCUCCUGGGAAACACCUGAGGGUUUGCACUGCUCCAGCUGCUCCUCCUGUAGCUGCUCCUCCUCCCUCUGUGUUUCUGGGGUUUCUGGGAUGGGAGUGUCCAGGGGAAGGCGUUUCUCCCGUUUCAGACAGACCAGGAGGCUCUCUGGCAGCCCGAGCCCCUCUCUGGGUGCCCACCCGUGUCCCUGUGAGCUGCAGGCAGCCAGGGAGGAGCUGUGGGCCCCGGGAUGCAGCGCUGGGAAAGCAGCAGGAAUGAGUGCUGGGAAAAGGGAGAGGAGUGUCCCAGGAGGGCAUUGACGGGGGAGGUGCCUCAACAUCUCCCACGGGAGCCAGGGCCCCUCUCUGGCUCCCACUCCACACAAACAUGCUGCUCUUGGCCCUGUGCCCCUGCAGGGAUGGGUGCUGGUGCUCCCCACACAAGUGCCAAUGUUUAUAUGGAUCCCAGGCACCUCCUUCCCACCUCUCCCUCCUCUCCCAUCGUGUCUCACCGCCUCCCUCAGCCCCCUCUGCCUUAGUCAGCUCUGCCUUGUUUUGCUCCAAAAGCUUGAAUGUUUUGCACUUGAAUAUAAAAAGUUACUCUCAGAGCUCAGCAGGUUGUACCAGGUGUGCAGCCCUGCCAGCAGUAGGUGCUUCCACAUCUCCUGCCUUUCCAGCAAUAGGUGCUUCCACAUCUCCUGCCUUUCCAGCAAUAGGUGUUUCCAUAUCUCC